AUGGCAUCAUUUGCCAAGCUUUCGACUACUACAACUACGAACCCUGCAAAGCCUAAAGCCGCUCAGAGUGCUCAUCACCAACCUGGCUCGGGUAAUGCUAAAAACAGCAACAAUGAUCGGAAGAUGAAGAAUUCACAGCAGCAGCAGCAACAGCUGCAGAGGAAUCAGCGGCCUAUUGUGCCUUUUGGGAGAAAGGAUCGGAUUUUGUUGGUUGGGGAAGGCGACUUCUCCUUUGCCCGCUCAUUAGUCCUCCAGCACCGUUGCAAGAAUGUCAUGGCUACCUGCUAUGAUUCCAAAGACACGCUCCACAGCAAAUACCCCAAAGCUGGAAAUAACAUUCACGAUAUACAGUAUGCAUUUCCCAAGGCGACGACGGAGGAGCUUGCUUCGGACAGUAAGGAGAUUUCAUCCAUCGGCGGCGAUGCAGGAAUUGUGGGAACCAAUGCACAAGGGUUCCUUGAGGACCAGGCGCAACGUCGUGGACCCAAAGUCAUUUACUCAGUUGACGCUCGAAAACUCGGUCUUCCUGCGGGUGGCGGUAAAGAAAUUCGGACAGGCUUUCCACGACAGGAGCGAAGACGCCCGGCCUGGAAAGAAGCAAAGAGCGGCGCCUCAUCUGCACCACAAGGUGGGCCGUGGGAUGUGAUUUGCUUCAACUUCCCCCAUGUCGGCGGUAUCUCCACCGACGUCAAUCGGCAGGUGCGAGCCAACCAGGAACUCUUGGUGGCGUUCUUCAAAGCGUGUGUGCCUUUGUUGUCUCAUCGCCCCGAGCGCGUAGAUAGUGAUGAUGAAGACGACUGGGAUAACUGGGAGGGUUCUGGAGUUGAAUCAAGCGGGGGUGAGAACGAUCAUGAUAGCAGUGGAGACGGCAACCAACUGCGAACAGCCAAUACCACGGGGCAGGCGACAUGCCGAAAUAGAGUGGAACCAGGUCAAAUUCUAGUGUCGAUGUUUGAGGGUGAGCCUUACACCCUUUGGAAUAUCAAAGACCUUGCAAGGCAUGCUGGCUUGCAAGUGGUCACCAGUUUUCGAUUUCCGUGGGCCUCUUAUAAGGAGUAUUCCCAUGCACGGACGCUGGGCGACAUUGAAGGAAAGGAUGGUGGAAGAGGCGGCUGGAGGGGGGAAGAUAGGGACGCGAGAAUGUACGUCUUUGAGGUCAAACAUGAAGACCAUCCGGUGAUGAGAAGGAACGCCCCAUCUUCCAAAGCUGGGCAGAGUGCGAGAAAGAAGAGGCCAAGAGAUGCAUCCGACAGCGACGACAGCGAAUAG